AUGGAGCCUAUUGAACCUCGACGCCAACUGUUGAAAAGAUACUACUGUGAUUUUGAUGGUUACUGCUAUAGGACAUCAUGGGAUGUCUGGGGGCGAUGGGUUGCAUCAGCAAUCAUUGUCAUCACAAUAGUCCUUUUAGCCUUCCUUUUCUCGGCCCAGAGAAACCGUCGUCGUCGCAACCAUGGACUCGCACCAAUGUACGGCACAGGAUGGAUACCAGGCUCUAAGUUCCAGCAACAAAAUAGUCAGAAUCAGUAUCCGCAGUAUGGUCAACACAUGGAGAAUAACGUGCCAGCUCCCCCAUAUGCGCCAACAGGUACAUCAUAUGCUGGUCAGCAACAGAACUGCGACACAUACAACCAUACUGGACAAUAUUCGAAUGGUAUCGAGCUGCAGCAACCACCAACCAGCUACCAACCACCACGAGUCGAGACGGUCUAUGAGCCGCCCCACGGUCCUCCACCCGGAAAAGGUGAUAGAUAG